AUGGCAUCACCCGUGGCCCAGCUCCUUUUCCUCCAGCUUGUUCUAGGGCCAGCUUUGGUCGAAAAUAUCAAGCUACAGCUUGCCAUCAAGAACUUCCGUACCUUACACAUCAACUAUCCCAAGGCUGACUUUGCAGAGGGUUUCCAGGGCUACUGCAAUGGUAUGAUGUCUUACAUACGAGGCAGACAACAAAGCUGGUAUUGCCCAAAGAUCCACUAUGUCUUACAUGCCCCUUGGACCACCAUCAAGAAGUUCUGCAAGUACAGCGAGAGCUUCUGUGAGAAUUACAACCAAUACUGUACACUCACCCAGGACUCCUUUCCCCUCACAAUCUGCUCCCUGAAAUCCCAACAGCCUCCCACCAGCUGCCGCUACACUAGCACCCUCACCAACCAAAGGCUCUAUCUGCUCUGCUCCCAAAAGUAUGAUGCUGAACCAAUAGGUAUCAUUGGCCUGUUCUAG